GGCUGUCAGAGCGAGAGGUAGAUCAGCGCUGCCCUCCUGCAGUCCUCUCUCUCUCUCUCUCACUCUUGCUGACUCUCGCCUGUGAGACACCAUGAGGAUCGCGCUGACGUGCGUGUGUUGGACCCUGCUGCUGUCCGCGCCCCGGGUCGCCGCGGAGACGGCCGACGGGCAGGCUGCGGGGGAGAAGGGCGCCGCCCCCGGCUGCCCGGUGCGGUUCAAAGCCGCGGGGCAGUGCGGGGACGGGGAGGAGUGCCCGUACCAGGUCACCCUGCCUCCCCUCACCAUCCAGCUGCCCAAGCAGUUCAGGAUGCUGGAGAAGACCAUGAAGGAGCUCCAGAGCCUGAAGGAGACGGUCAACAAGCUCAAGAGCCAGUGCCAGCAGUGCCGGCAGCCGGCCGACUACAACCUGCAGAGGGACAGCGGCGAGGUGCUGCCGCUCGACCAGCCGGCCCGCGGCGACAAGGACGAGGGCGGCGACCCCGACGGCCGCGGCAGGGACCCGGCAGCCUUGCUGGAGAUGCAGCAGAAGAUGGACCGCAUGUCCAACAGCCUGAAGCACGCCCGCACCAACAUCACCAAACUGCAGGGGCGCCUGGAGGGGCUCAACCUCAUCAACAUGGACAACGUCAAGUCCAUCGUGGACAGCAAGGUGGAGAACAUGACCGCCUUCAUCAGCAACCUCAGCAAGUGCUCCAGCCCGUGCCCGUCGCAGUCGUCACCGCAGUUCAUUAUGGCGCCGAGAGACUGCUCCGACUACAACAUGAUGGUGGAGAGAAAGAACGGGGUCUACAAGGUGACGCCUGAGCCCCAGAGCGGCACCUUCGAGGUGUACUGCGACAUGGAGUCCUACGGCGGGGGGUGGACCGUGCUGCAGCGGCGCCUGAACGGGAGCGUGAACUUCAACCGCACCUGGGCCGAGUACAAGAAGGGCUUCGGCGACGUCCGCGGGGAGUUCUGGCUGGGCAACGACAGGAUCCACCAGCUGACCAAGGCCAAGGACAUGGUCCUCCGGAUCGAGCUGGAGGACUUCCAGGGGGUGAGGGAGUACGCCAAGUACGACCGCUUCUACGUUUCCAACGAGUUCCUCCGCUACCGCCUGACGGUCAGCGGCUACUCUGGCACGGCCGGGGACGCCCUGCACUUCAACAAGCAUUACAACCACGACCAGAAGUUCUUCACCACCCCAGACAAGGACAAUGACAUGUACCCGUCCGGUAACUGCGGGGCCUACUACAGCUCCGGCUGGUGGUUCGAUGCCUGCAUGUCAGCCAAUCUCAAUGGCAAAUACUACAAGGAGAAAUACAAGGGGGUGCGCAACGGAAUCUUCUGGGGCACGUGGCACAACAUGACACAGGAGUACUACCCCACCAAUUACAGAAAUCCUUUCAAGACUGUCAAAAUGAUGAUCCGACCCAAGAACUAUGCACCGUAAACCACUGACCCUGGUGACCUGAAAAGAUGUGGUCAACCGGUUCCCUUAAGGACCUUCUUCCACUCCUUCCUGCUUCCUGCUGAAAGUCAAGAACUUCUUCAUACAGUGAAAAACAGUGAGAACAAGUGCUAAAGGGACAUUCCCACUGAUACCCUAACUGGCUUACAAUACAAAAGACAUUACUUUAAUUUUCAUUAUCAGUAUUAGAGGUUUCCAAACAGAAUCCACAAACCCACAAAUAAUGUACUUGCACUGAUGAUCACUGAACUGAUAUAUAAAAUCAACAGGAAUACGACUUUAAUUGAUAGAAUUAAGAUGGUUUUGAGCCCAAUUAUAACUGAACUUAAGAAUGCCUAGAAACCAGCCUAAGAAAACAAAGAAGCUUUGCUGACUGUAUGUACUGCACAGCUACGAUCAUUACCUUACACAACUUUGCUCAAGUGAACAUGUUGAGAAAAGUUGUGUUAUGUAUGAUACUGCCUCCUGGCUUUUGAUAAUUUUAUUACACCAUAUCCCUUCUAGGUCAGGUUGAGAAGUAAGAGAAAGUAGUGAACGAAGAGGGAAAUGUACAGUAUUUAUUUUGAAAGUUAAAUAGCACUGUAAUUAAUAUAUAAGAUUCUAUCUUUGGGCUUUGAAUUGCUGGAGAAAAAUUUGAAAGAUGCAGGCCAAUAUGAAUUCAACCACUGUCACCUCUUCUGUUCGAGACAAAAUGAGGUGAAUGAUUUGUGUACAUCGAGUUAUACUUUACUCAAGAUUUGAUUGUGUAUAUUAGAGCUUUUCUACUACAAACAGUUGUAUUAAAACAUAUACUUUUUAAAUUAAAAUCUAAUAAAAGUGUUUUCUAUUAUUUUCUUCA